AUGGAACAUGUAGAUGCAGAGUUUGGCACUUUGCGUAAAUCGCUGCAAGCAGUUGACUCUAACAAAAUUAUACAGGAUGUCUCAGUAGACCAUGAGCAACAGGCGUUUUUGAGAAAGAUUCGUCUCGUAACCGGCGGAAGAGCCAUUGAUAGUGGGGUCAAGUCUUCGAAAAGCGGUGAUAGCCAAGCAACAAACAAGCGCAAGCACUCGCAACCUGGGCCCAAACACGAGGCUGCCUCGAUUAAACGCAGACAGGUCAUUUUAGACCCAAGCUUCGUGCAAUUUCAAUCACAUCUAUUGAAGCAGCUUCAUUGCACACUUCCCGUGGGAAAGGCGCGGCUUCCAAGUUUCGUUCAAGAGGCCUCCAAGGAAGUCGAACGUAUUUUAAAACAGUCCAUCAUACAAAAAGAGAGUCACUCGGCAAUUAUAGUAGGCCCCAGAUCUCACUACAAGACCGCUGUCAUCAAUCAUCAUUUGUCAUUACUGAACCAAAGAUACAGUCAGCAAUUCGUGACGAUUCGACUCAACGGACUGAUCCACACAGAACAGGCUGCCAUCAAUAGCAUCGCUUUCCAACUGGAAUCUCGACUGCAGCACUUGCACGGAAACAAAGGUGCUGAUUUCCAGAUAAGUUCAGGAUCGUUGACCGAGGUAUUUGAGAAAGUGUUACGAUUGAUCGACACUACCACUAUUCAACACACAAAGUCAUCUGCAUCGUCCCGAGCCGAAAAAAUAUCCGUCAUAUUUGUGUUCGAUGAGAUUGACACGUUCGCAGGCCCUCUCAGACAAACGCUUUUAUACAACCUUUUCGACAUGGUAGAACACGCUCGGGUACCGGUGUGUAUAUUGGGCUGCACUACCAAAAUGAAUGUCGUGGAACAUCUGGAGAAGCGAGUCAACAGUCGAUUCUCUCAACGAAUCAUUUACAUUCCAGGUAUCAAAACAUUUGAAGCUUUUAUUGCGGCAGUGCAGGACGAACUAGAAGUAGACAUCCCCAAUGAGUGCGCUACGUCAUGGAACGCGGCUCUCAAAGACUCUUUGCUGAGAGAUACCUCAAAGCUUCACCAAGUCGUUAAAAACAAUUAUGAGACUUUUCGCUCGGUGGUUCUUUUCAAAAACAGCAUUUUAGGGCUCAUUGCAAAAGAACGUUCAAUAGAAGCAGUAAUUACUGGCCUUGAGACAUGCGACUGGAUCCAUGCUUACAACCGAAAUCAAUUGGAGACUUCUUUGAGCUCGAAGGUCAAAUCGCUUUCUGAUCUUGAGCUAGCUGUGCUCGUUGCGGCCGGCAGAGUCUCCCUCAAGACAGAUGAUAAUGUGAAUUUCAAUCUCGCCUACGCCGAAUACUCGAACAUGGUGAAAGAGACCAACAAAAGAAUGCCAAUUAUUCCGCAGGCGACAGGAACGUCUUUGAUGCUAGAGAGUACACUUCGAGUAUGGAAAAAACAAGACGUGAAAAACGUCUGGGAAAACAUAAUAGACCUGGAUUUUUUGGCGGAAAAGGGCACCAUAGGGCUUAGAAUCUCUGCAUUGGCCGCUUUUCAAGCGAGCAAUUACCAUACCACGGGAACGAUCAUUCCGUUUGAUCUGAGAACCUAUCAGAUGCAGAUAACCCUCCACGAACUGCGGCGCACAGUGCCCAAAUCAUCGAUAUACUACAGUUGGACACAAUUAUGA